GUGCGCCUGUAUAGAUGUCUAUAAAGCCAGCGCGUCCGCGUGCGCGUAAAUAAACACGCGGUGUCGCUUUUACAGCUCGCGUCGAAACGUUUCCUAUAAGAAAUUAGAGUUCAUCUCGCACGAAAACAAUGAGGGAAAUUAUUAGGGGCGAGAAGUAAUAUUUCCCGUGUUGUCAGUCUUUCCUUUGUGCUUUGUUUUUAUUAAGAAAUGAUAAGGGAGUUGGUGUGCGGCGCUGUGGCUCUGCUCCUGUACUUGAACACGCUGGACGCGGAUUUUUGCUACGAUGACAGUCGUGCUAUCAAAACUAAUCCAGAUCUCCUGCCUGAGACACCUUGGACCAACAUACUUUACAGUGACUUCUGGGGAACUUUGCUCACCCACAGUGGCAGCCAUAAGUCCUUCCGGCCGCUCUGCACACUUUCUUUUCGCUUCAACUAUGCCGUGGCUGGCCUGGAACCACGAGGCUACCACUUAUUCAACGUGGCGCUACACUGUUGCGUCACAGCUCUGUUCACUGCAUUUUGUGGCCUCCUGCUAGCUGGAGGACACUGGAGUUUGCUGGCUGGACUCCUCUUUGCUUCACAUCCAGUGCAUACCGAGGCAGUAGCUGGACUAGUUGGACGUGCAGAUAUGGGUGCUGCUUUUUGCUUUCUACUCUCGCUGAUAUGCUACAGGUGUCACUGCAGGCUCCGGCCACACUCUGGAAUUUCUUGGUGCAAUAGGUGGAAGGUACAGGCAUGGCUGGCUGGUAGCCUGGUUGCUGCAGCAGCAGCUAUGUUGUGGAAAGAGCAAGGGGUUACUGUUCUUGCUGUGUCAGCUGUUUAUGACAUCUGUGUGGUCCAUCACAUGCAACUUCAUCAAGUGUUAGCAGUCCUUUUUAAGAGAAAAAAUGCAGCCCUGCUGGUAAGCCUGGCUUGGCUGGCUGGUUGGGGAGCAGUCCUGUUGGCAGCUCGACUGUAUUGGAUGGGCUGCAAGCCUCCACACUUCUCCAACUCAGACAACCCGGCAGCUGAUUCACCUCACCUCCUUACCAGAACACUUACCUUUCUCUAUCUGCCAACUGCCAAUGCGUGGCUCCUCCUCAGUCCACACACACUUAGCUUUGAUUGGUCUAUGGAUGCCAUACCGCUACUCACAAAUAUUUCUGAUUGGAGGAAUUUGUGCUCAGUGGCGUUUUAUACAGGCUUUGUGCUUCUUGCUUGGUUUGGCCUAAGAAGUAGGAAUUCUUCCACUUUCCAAAUAACAAAUGGAAAAUCCUAUGUGAUGAAUGGAAAAGCUCUGAGUAAUGGGCACAGCCUGCAUUUUCUUGACAGCAAUGAUAAACAUGACAACAGCCACCACCACAAUGGCUUAACCUCAGAUGUUUUUGCCAGCACCCAAAAUGGGCAUGCCAAAACUCUUAACACUGCUACUCACACAUCACUGCCAUCCGAAGAGAACAUGGUGGUCUUCUCUCUUGGUCUACUGGCUUUGCCUUUUCUCCCUGCCACCAAUCUGUUUUUCUAUGUGGGCUUUGUGGUGGCUGAGAGGGUUCUGUACAUCCCCAGCAUGGGCUUCUGUCUACUUGUGACACUUGGGAUAAGGGCCAUGUUUUUGAAAACAGGGCGGAGAAGCUCCAAGGCACUACUUUUAGGUUGUGCUGCUGCAGUUGUCGUACUCUACAGCCUCAGAACAGUUUACAGAAACCAGGACUGGCAGAGUGAAGAGAGGCUCUACAGAUCUGGCAUCACUGUUAACCCUGCCAAAGCUUGGGGUAAUCUUGGCAAUGUCUUAAAAAACCAGGGUAAGAUGGCGGAGGCAGAAGAAGCAUACAGAAAUGCCCUAUACUACCGUGGCAACAUGGCUGACAUGCUCUACAACCUGGGUCUGUUGCUGCAAGAGGGUGAACGUUUUUCAGAGGCUCUGCAUUACUAUAAACUGGCCAUCCAAAGCAGACCGACUCUGGCAUCUGCAUAUUUGAACACUGGUAUAAUCCUGGAGUCAGAGGGAAAUGUGGAGGAGGCCAAACAAACAUUUCAGAAGUGUGCCAGCAUCCCAGAUGAGAACCUGAAGGACCCCCAUGCUCACAAAAGUGCAGUUACUAGCUGCCUUUACAAUCUGGGCAAACUGCUGCAUGAACAGGGUCAGCAAGAGGAAGCCCUGUCAAUGUAUAAAGAGGCUGUGAAGAAGAUGCCUCGUCAGUUCGCACCACAGAGCCUUUACAACAUGAUGGGUGAAGCCUAUAUGAAAUUAAGUAAGUUCGAGGAUGCAGAACAUUGGUACAGAGAGUCUCUUAAGGCCAAACCAGACCAUGUCCCUGCCCACCUGACAUAUGGCAAGUUGCUGUCUGUUAUGGGUCAUAAAUCCGAGGCAGAGCAUUACUUCCUUAAGGCGAUCAAGCUGGAGCCUACCAAGGGGACGUGUUAUAUGCAUUAUGGUCAGUUUUUAGUGGAACAGGUUCGAAUUGAAGAAGCUGCUGUGAUGGCGGAGAAAGCUGCUGAUUUGGACAGCACAGAUUUUGAUGUAGUUUUCAGUGCUGCUCAUAUACACAGACAGGCAAGUCUGAACGAGGCAGCUGAAAGAUACUAUAAGAAGGCAGCAGAUAUUAGACCAGAUUAUGCUGCUGCUCUGAUGAACCUCGGGGCCAUCCUCCAUCUCAAUGGAAAACUUGCAGAGGCAGAGGCCAAUUACUUGCGUGCGCUGCAGCUCAAACCUGAUGAUCUGAUCACGCAGUCUAAUUUGCGCAAACUCUGGAAUGUCAUGCACAGACGAGGCCUAAAAAGCAUGGGAUCAUGACCAUUUUUCCCAUCACAAGCUCUGUAAAGCUGAUACAUGUACAGUAACAGUGAGGAUCUGAGGCUUGUGAGACUCCUGACAGGUUUAAUAAUCUGAUUCGGUUUUGAUAAAAUGGUCCUCACAUGGGCCCAGGUGGGAGCACUAAUAAGGAACUGGAAAUGAACAUCUUCAGUUUCAGAGAAUAUCCUUGUAUUUAUGGGUAGAAUCCUCCAGGAGCCUUCAGUGUGAUGUGCACUGUGAAUGGAAAUGUUUGUGCAUUUUUAUUUUGAAAAAUGAACUGAGUGAAGAUGAUGGAAAAAAGUCAUCAUAAAGUGAUGACGAUGAUGAAGAAAAUUCCACAAAACAAAGUGUCUUAUUAAAUAGGGUUUUAUAAAAUAAAAUUUUCUAUUUAUUAUCA